CUGCCUCGCGAAGAGCGCCUGUGCCAGCGACGGCGCCUGCGCAACAGCUGGAAAAUGAAGGUGGCGGUGACUGGUUGCUGCCAUGGCGCGCUGGAUAAGAUGUACGAGACGCUCGCGCUGAUGGAGCAGCGCCACGGGCACGCGCUGCCGGACCUGCUCCUCUGCACCGGGGACUUCCAAGCCGUCCGCGACUCGGCCGAUCUGCAGUGUAUGGCCGUGCCCCCCAAAUACCGGCAGAUGGGAGGCUUCGCACAGUACUAUUCUGGAGAGAAGAAGGCUCCGGUCUUGACCAUCUUUAUUGGGGGAAACCACGAAGCCUCCAACCAUUUGCAAGAACUCCCAUAUGGCGGAUGGGUCGCACCAAAUAUCUACUACCUUGGAUAUGCUGGAGUAGUAAGAUACCGCGGGGUACGAAUCGGUGGGAUCUCUGGCAUUUUCAAAUCUCAUGACUACAAAAGAGGCCACUUUGAGUGUCCCCCUUACAACCAGAAUACCCUGAGAAGUGUCUACCAUGUGAGAAAUAUCGAAGUUUUCAAGCUCAAGCAGCUGAAGCAGCCCAUGGAUAUCUUCAUGUCCCACGACUGGCCCAGAGGCAUAUAUCAUUACGGGAACAAGAACUUGCUACUGAAGAAGAAAUCUUUUUUCCAACAAGAAGUGGAAGACAACACCUUGGGAAGCCCAGCCGCGUCGGAACUUCUGCAGCACUUGAAGCCCACGUACUGGUUCGCUGCACACCUUCACGUCAAGUUCGCAGCCAUAAUGCAGCACGAGGCCAAUGACAGCGAGCAGGAGCCCAAAACGACAAAAUUUCUGGCCCUGGAUAAAUGCUUGCCUCAUCGAGACUUCCUUCAGAUUGUAGAGAUCAAGCAUGACCCCAGCGCCUCGGACUCCCUGGAGUACGACCCAGAAUGGCUUGGUGUUCUCAAAGCAACUAACAACCUCGUCAACGUGUCUCCAAACUCUUGGAAUAUGCCUGAAAACAACGGACUGCAUGCCAAAUGGGAUUACAGUGUUACAGAAGAAGACAUCAAGGCAGUGCUGGAAGAAGCCAACAACGACCUUCGGAUUCCCCAGAACUUCAGUGCCGCAAGCUCUAAUGGCAACAAAUCGCAGCAGCGUGCGACACUGGUUCAUAGAAUCAAUCCCCAGACUACAGAGUUCUGUGCCCGGUUUGGUCUGAAUGACAUCAACAGCAGAGUCCAGCAAUUGAGAGAGGAGAUAUUGGUGCAGAGAGGGGAGGAGGAGGAGGAAGAGGAGGAGGAGGUAGACAGUACUGGCGAGGCCAGUGACUAUAAUACGGACGUGUCUGGGUUGACUACCUCUGUCAACCCUGACGAGAUAAUACUGGAUGAAGAAGUCAGUGGUGAGGAAGAGCCAGACGACAACUUAGACCAGCAGUCUGACGCCACUUCCGCGGGUUCUGACCUCAGGAGACUGCCGAGCAGCAUGAACGUAUCGUCGGAUGAUGGCCUGGACAGUGCGGGCGCUGACCUGGCGCAGCUGAGUCGCGAACCCCAGGAGGGAGAGGAAGACUCCCCCAGCAAGCUCCUGAAGCGGACGGGCAUCGAAGGCGAAGAAGAAAAGGGCGGCAAGAAGAAAAUUAAAAGACGGAACCAGGCUAUUUAUGCAUCACAGGAUGAAGAUGAGGUGGAAUGAAGAGGCCCCAUCUGUGCGACCUCAAAAGGCUUUUCUUGGACUGAGAUAUGUAUCUGGCUUGGUGGAAGUUGUGGCAAUACUAGAUUGUUUUUUUGAUGGUUUUUAAUGGUGUCCACGAGUCCUAUUUUUUUUUACAAACAAAACAGAACCUUUAUAAUAUCGCAGAAACUUUAUGGGAAUAAAUAUCGGUGUGGUCGGUUACUUUUUUUUUUACCUAAUCCAUUACUUUUUUACAGGGACUUGCCAGUCUAAAUGAGAGUCUUUUAAAAAUGCUAGUAUGUUUGAAGAAGGAGGUUCUUAGCGUUGAUGGGAGUAUAAUGGAUCAACCCACUUUACUUUUUGGGGCAUUUUUUACAGCAAUAGCAUUCCUAGGUCUGAAUCAUUCAACUGGUUCGCUUUGCCUUCGCGGAUUUCAAGAGGUCCGGAUUUCUCAGGGAAGUCCCUCUUCAGUGCAGUGUAAAGGCGAAGAGCAGUUGACUGGGUUUGAUUCCCCAAUCCUCCACACGAGUGGCGGAUUCUAAUCUGGUGGAUUCGUUUUCCCACUCCUGCACAUGCAGCCUUUUGGGCGACCUUUGGCUCUCUUAGUACCACCUUCCUCACAAGGUGGGGAGAGGAAGGGAAGGAAUUUGAGACUCCUUACGGUUGCGAAAAAUGGGAUUUAAAUCCAAACUCUUCCUCUUCGUCUCUUCCAGUGGUGAAAGGUGGUAUAUUUGUAUUGGCUGUAGGACCUCAUAGGUUGUCUCACAUGGGACAUUCAAGCUGCUUCCAUGGUGGGAGGGUGACUUUGAAGAGAUAUUUGCCACAUACAAUUGGCCUAUGGGUGACUUCAGCAUGUCAGAACUGGGGAUUUGGGAUACACUUAAUACUAUAAUUUUCCAUGAUGAUCUCUGUGUAAAUCCUAUAAAGAAACAAAAACAAA